CAAAGUUCCGGUUAGACAGCUAUCGACUGCUGACGGUGGAUACUUUCUUUAUUGGACUAACGUAUCCUCUUUAUUAUGACACUUCCUCUAAGUUUAACUACCCACUUGAACGCUUUAUUAACCAAAUGCAUUAUCGGAAUUAGGACUAGACCUACAUAUUUACAGUUUGUGAGACGUACAAUAAAUUCACAAGCUGUUAAUAAAUUACAUAGAUCAACCAUGUCGUCAGUUUAUAUAAAAAAUUUUGAAGGUGAUGAGAGACUUCAAAUUACUUUGGAUGUAGCGGACCCUAAUAGUGGGUCUGUUAAGUCUUUAAAUUUGUCUAGACUUAAAAGUGAAGAAUUAAGAUUUGCCAUCGAAAGGCUGCGGAUAAAUUUAUCUAAGAAAAUUGCAAAAAAAUCAAAACUAAAAAAGAAAAAAGGUACUGAAGAUCAACUUCAGACAGGAGCCAGCUCCCAAUCAGAAACUGUGCCAGAGCACGAAAAUAAUUUCAACGUGGAGAUAAUUCAUAAUGGAGUUACCCUUGAUUUAGAUGUAAGAAAUCAGGAAGCUUGGAUAAAUGGGGCAAUAUUGAAAAUUGGACAAGAGGAGAUACCAAUAUGUUACAACCCCCCUUGUGUUAAACUGCAGAACUUACCUUCUACCAUUAUGGUUGGGUUUCCUUUAUUUCCAGAAGCUGAGUUGGAAUUUGCCCAGUUAAGAGACUGCGAGUUUUAUUGGAAGGUCAUUGAAGAAAAAAAAUUAAGCAAAACAAAAAUGGAAUUGAGUCGAAGUAUAAUUGAUUUAACAGAAGCAGUUAGGAGUCAUAGUUUCACACCAGAGACAAAUCAUAUUGGACAAUACAUUUUGCUGAUUUGUGUUCCAAAACAUGGAGAAAAGACAGGCAAGAGAGAAGCUGUUUUAUCUUCAGUGCCUGUAACACAAGGACCAGGUUCUUGUCCUUUUGAAAAACGGCAUGAAUUCACAAAACUUCGAGCUCCGCCUCAGCAUUUUCGUGUUGUUAGUUACAACCUACUUGCCCAGAUUUAUGCUGAUACUGAUCUAGCCAAGACAGAGUUAUUCAGUCAUUGUUCUUUGAAAGCUUUAGACAUGGACUACAGAAAACAUCUUUUACUGAAGGAAAUUAUAGGUUACCAAGGAGACCUGAUUUGUUUACAGGAAGUUGACAAAGCUAUCUUCAGCUCCCAGCUGUCCCCUGCUCUGACUGCUCUAGGUUAUACAGGUCUCUUUAGACCCAAGACUGGCCAAGUGUCUGAGGGAUGUGCCCAUUUUAUCAGAGAAGAUAAAUUUAGGAUAGUGAAUGAACUGGACAUCAACUUGUCAGAGUACUUAUCAACUGACCAGAGCUGUUUGGAUAUCUGGACAGAGGUCAGCAAAAAUCAGCAGUUGAAAGAAAGGAUUGAGCAGAGAUCUUCUAUACUGCAGGUAACUGUGGUUGAAAGUGUUGAAAAACCAGGUAAAUUUGUUUGCCUUGCCAACACUCACCUGUACUUUCAUCCAACUGCCUGCAACAUCCGCCUGAUCCAUGUGGCCACUGCACUCCGGCAUCUACAGAGUAUUUACAAUGCUUACACACAAGAGAAUAAAGAUAUUUCUCUGGUGUUUUGUGGAGACUUCAACAGCGCACCUCACUUGGGUGUCUUUCAGUUAAUGACCUCACAGUUUAUUCCAGCUGAUCAUGCCGACUGGAGUUCAGCUGGCAAAGAAGAAAAGUUGUCUACCCUGGAACUGCAGCACCCAAUGAAUAUAGUGAGUGCUUGUGGUACGCCAGCCUACACCAACUUCACACAAGGCUUCCAGGCAACUCUGGACUAUAUAUUUAUAGACACUGACAAGCUCCAGGUCACACAAGUAGUGCCCAUGCCAAGCCAUGAGGAUGUCACUCAAAACAUUGCCCUACCUAGUGUUGUGUUUCCUUCUGAUCACAUAGCUUUGAUAAGUGAUAUCAAAUUUAAAUCAUUCUAACCAUAUAUCAUUUAUAUGUGGCCUCAAAUUUAGAUUUUAAUGUUUGAAAAUAAAAUUUUACG